AUGGAUCCAUUUUCAUCAGAGGGCGAGCUCCUCAACAUGCACAAUGCCUUCCACUCAGGGCAAUACCAAGACGUGAUUGACUUCGAAACCGCCGCUUUUUCCACCGAGAAUCAGACACCUGCUCGCCUGCUUAAGCUGCGCUCCCAAAUUGCUCUGGGCCAGACCAAUGAGGUUCUUUCCUCCCUCUCUAAUUCCGAGAACGACCCCGACCUGGCUUCUAUUCAAGCGCUGGCGCAGCAGGCUGCGGGCAACACCGACGCCGCCCUCCAGCUGACUCAAGACCUCGCCGAGAACUACCCAGAGAAUGUAAAUGUUCAGGUCCUGGGUGCUAUAGUACUGCAGGCUCAUGGUAAUAGCGAGGAAGCGCUGGCACUGCUUUCCAAGCACCAGGGUAGCCUCGAGGCAGUCGCCCUGAUUGUUCAGAUCCAUCUCCAGCAGAACCGCGCAGAUCUUGCCGUGAAGGAGGUCCAGUCCGCAAAGCGCUGGGCCCAGGACUCACUGCUGGUCAACCUGGCCGAGUCAUGGGUAGGCUUGCGAGUUGGCGGUGAAAAGUACCAGUCCGCAUUUUACGUCUACGAGGAACUUGCCUCCGCCCCUAGCACCUCCACCCCACUGUCCAUCGUCGGUCAAGCUGUCGCAGAGCUUCAUCUCGGCCGUCUACCGGAAGCUGAAGCCGCCUUGAACACUGCCCUGGAGAGAUACCCUACAGAUACCGAGCUGAUCGCCAACAGCAUUGUGCUCAACGUAUUGGCCGGAAAGCCAAGCGAAGAGCUUGAGUCCCAACUACAGCAGAUCGAUCCCUCCCACGCCCUCCUCGCCGAUAUUGAGGAGAAGGGCGCUUUCUUUGAUACCGCCGCGGCCAAGUACUCACCGAAGGUGUCAUCGUAA